CCAGUUUGUUGUGAGCGGGUUCCUCUAUAACACAGAUAUCUCCCCAUCCUUAUUCGUCUCCCUACUCCUUUCUGCCUGACGGUAUUUACUUGCCUGUUCUACUUGCCUUGCAUGCUACGUCCUCGUCUACAGUUGCACAAAGUCAUCUUCGAUACUUUACAGUGACAGCAGCCCCCCGAUAAGAUUGGUCUGGGGCUGUGCGUCCCGCGCAUUCGGGCCACCGAGGCCUUCUGUAAACAUGGCGCCGCACGCUCCGAAUGGCGUCGAAAUGACCAACCUGCGAUCUCGCAGCCCGUCGCUGGACGGCGACGAACCGCCGCAGGCGAGGCCGGUUGCACACGCGCCUCUGCUUGGGACCUAUGAUGUGUUCAGUUUAAUCGUCAACAAGAUGAUUGGCACCGGCAUCUAUACCAACGUGUCUACCGUGCUAGUACUCACCGGCGACAAGGGUCUUACGAUGACGCUGUGGGCGAUAGGUUCAAUCUACACCUUGAUCAGUAUGUUGAUUUACUUAGAAUGCUCUACUGUCAUGCCCUAUAAUGGCGGGGAACUUGUAUACCUCGAUGAACUGACGUCCGGCCGAGGGCGCUCAUGGAUCAGACGGUUCCUGGGAGACGGCCUGUAUGCAUACGUGCAGUAUGCGUUCUUAUUCGUCGCGUUCUUCAAUUCUGCCACGAACUGCCUGCAGAUCGGGCGCCUGCUGCUGUUCGCGAGAAAUCCACAGGAGGAUCCGGAUCGCGAUUUCCUCCGGGUGAUUGCAUUUCUGGUCCUCCUCAUCCUGUGUCUUUUGCAGUACUUCUCCCCUCAGUCGGGUCGAGUGCUCAACCAAAUUCUGGCCGCCGUCAAGAUCUUUUUGCUGCUGGUUGUGCUCUGUGCUGGCUGGCACGCUAUACAGGUCGAGACGUACCAAGGAGCAGGUUUCCAAGAAUGUGGCCCGCCUGAGGCAACCAUGUCGAAGAUCCAAGUGGCGAAAGCAUUUCUGCUGGUGAUAUUCUCCUACGAAGGAUGGGAGAAUGCGACGUUUGUCGCUGGCGAGAUUGACCCUCAGAGCCCUGUGACGCUGCGCAAAGGGUUCAUUUUUGCAGUCACGGUCGUCAGCAUCUUGUACAUUGCGUUGGUGGCGACCUUUCUCAAGGCUAUCCCAUUUGUUCCUGUCGCGAUCAACUACACCCCGAUGCUAUUCGGCAACAACGAGGCGGCAUACAAGGCAUGGUCGGUUUUCAUUGCCAUUUCCUCUUUCGGAAGCCUCAACUCGAUCAUCUACACAUUCUCGCGCAUCAAGCAGAGCAUAGGUUCAGGCAAUAUCCUCCCGUGGUCGGAUUUCUGGAAGAGCGACUCCCCGGCUGGGGGCCAUGUGGAAGCGUUGGACCAGUAUCUCGCGCCCAGAGGAGGUCUCGUCCUCCACGGGAUCAUGACGACGGUCCUGAUUGGGGCGUCGGCAUCAAUCAAAACCGUCCUGGAAUCAGUCAGUAUGCCCGGGUUGCUCCAGACUUAUGCACACUGCAUCAUCCUGACCGUCAUGGGCUUUGCCGUUCUCCGACUUCCGUCGAGGACACGGCACCUCGAAGAAGUCAGCAGCAGAGACCAUAACAGUGACACAGGGGUGGAUGCGCAGGGAGAAGGCAACGGGUGGGAAUGGGAUCUGAGGCUGAGGAACUGGAGGGGUUGGUGGCGAUUUGUGCCCGCAUUCUUCUGCGUUUUGUACGGACUGGCGAAUCUGUGGGUGAUUAUCCUCAGCGUCAUACCUCCCUACCGCGACCAAGACGGAUUCCCCACCGAAGGCACCUGGACCAACUCGACGGACGGCAGGACCUUGACCUGCACAGACUCGGGCUCCAGCGUGAACCUGACGUUUCCCUACCCUGUGGCUCUCGACGAGGAGGAUGCGCUGCAAGGCUGGGUCCUCCCCGCCACGACUUUCGGGGUCAUGCUCCUGGCCACGUGCUACUAUCUGGCGGUCUUUGGCUCGAGCCAACAACUGCAGGCGUUCUGGCAGUGGUGCCUGACUCAGUACGCCGGCGUGCGCCCGACCAUCAGCAAGUGGGAAGGGUACGACUGGCGGCUGGAACAGGUGCGACGGUUUGGCAGGCGGCGCGACAUUGCGUUCGACAGGAGCGACGAGGACGCGCAGGUGGGCAUCCUGUACUGGCUCGGAGGCGGGUCGAGCCUGUUUGUGAACAACAGCGGGAGCCACCCGGUGGAACGGUGGCACGAUUUCCGGCACGGAUGGGGGGAUGCCUGGCACGAGUUCAAGAAGCGAUAUUUGAGACGGAGGAGGCGGAGUAGUAGUGAUGACUGAGAGAGCGCGGAAGACAGAACAGAGGGUGGUUGUAUGACUAGAGAUAGGCAGCACUGUUCCAGAGAAUGAUUAAUGCCAUUGAUUUAUCCACUUGGCCUUAUCACAUGCCUUUACUAGA